UGUACGUAUAAUUUUAUGUGACGGGCCAGCGCGCCAAAUUGAUGUUGCCAUUGCCAACAAAGAGAAAACUGAAACUUGCUCAGAUUCAAUAUUAUAACCUAACUGAAUAAUCAGUUCAGCUCGCGAAGACUUCGAAGAAAACGCAAACAGCAAGUUCUAACGUUUCCGGUAGCAGCAGAGCUCUGUCACUAUGGGUUUACUCGAGCGGUGCAAAGAGCUGUUCAACACCUCUAACUUGUAUGAGGUGCUCGGGAUAAACAAAGAAGCGACGGAGGCAGACAUCCGGAGGAGCUACUACAAAGUUUCGCUAAAAGUCCAUCCCGAUAGGGCUCCUGAUGACCAGCAGGCGACAGAGAAAUUUCAGGUGUUGGGAAAACUGUAUUCAGUGCUGAGUGAUCAGGAGCAGAGGGCUGUUUAUGAUGAGCAGGGAGUUGUGGAUGAAGAGUCUGAUGUUCUCAGUAAGGACCGCUGCUGGGAGGAGUACUGGAGAUUGCUCUUCCCCAAGGUCACGAUGCAGGACAUUCUUGAGUUUGAGAAGAAAUAUAAGGGAUCAGAUGAAGAGCGGGAGGAUGUGAUCCGUCUUUAUGUGCAGCAUGAGGGAGAUCUGGACUCCAUCAUGGCCUCGGCUCUCUGCUGCACACAGGACGACGAGCCUCGGCUGUGCAGCAUCAUUCAGGCUGCCAUCAAAAGCGGAGAUGUCGAAGCUUUCCCAGCGUUUUGUCAAGAAAGUGGCAAAAAGAAGAAGGCCCGAAGAAAGAGGGCAGAUAAAGAGCGACAGGAAGCAGAAGAAAUGCAGAAAGAGAUGGGGCUUGGUGAUGAUGAUAGUCUUGUCAUGAUGCUCAAGCAAAAGCAGCAGUCCAGAGAGAAGAACUUUAACAGUUUCCUGUCGGAUCUGGAGGCGAAGUACUCUAAAAAAGUUUCAAAACCCCCAAAAGGGAAAAAAGCCAAAAAGUGAACGUCCAAAAUGACUUCAUCACAAACAAAAGCCCGACUGAUGUCUCCGUAACAACAGAACAUUGUUUGUUAGGUUUUAGACAUCCAGAUAUGUAAAUGUUUUUGUAAUUUGUUGUAAAAGUGUUAAUAAAUUAAUUUGUAUACGUUGUA